GUGGGUGUGUCUUCCGUAGGAGCGAGGCGUGUGUUCUCGGUGGAGGGGGCGUGGCUUGUGUGUCAGUGUCUCGGCUGCUGCACGCUGUGUCUCACCUGGGAUUUGCAGUUUUGUUUCCUCUUAUACAGAUAAUGGAUAACCAAAAUUUGGACGGCCCUGCCAAUGUUGGUAAAGACACCAUAAUAAAAGAAGAGACACUGGCGAAAGGUAAAUGGGUGCAGCUGGAAGAAACAACAUAUGUUGACCACGAAGGAAAAACCAGAACAUGGGAGACUGUAAAACGAACAACAAGAAUAGAAGGCAAUGCAGUGGAUGGUGUAGCAAUAAUACCAGUACUACAAAGAACACUCCAUUAUGAGUGCAUGGUGCUCAUCAAACAAUUCAGACCUCCUUUGGGUUGCUACUGUCUGGAAUUCCCUGCAGGUCUUAUAGAUGAAAAUGAAACCCCGGAGCAAGCAGCACUUCGAGAACUUGAAGAGGAAACUGGAUACAAAGGAGAAGUCAUUGAGCUCUCCCCAGUAUCUUGUUUAGAUCCUGGACUAUCAAACUGCACAACAUAUGUUGUAACUGUUCACAUUAAUGGGGAUGAUUCUGCAAACAACAAACCUAAGGCCAAGCUAGCGGAAGGAGAAUUUACCGAGACAAUAUUGAUGCCUAAAAUAGAAUUUCGAAAGCGUAUUGAUGAGCUGGUUGCAAACGAAAAGCUGGUGGUGGAUGCCAGAGUCUACACAUAUGCCUUGGCCCUGGAGCAUGCUGUGGCUAAACCUUAUGAGCUCCCGUUUCUGAAGGGCUAAACAGUUUACUCUCACUUUGGAUGUGGACCCAGUUUUCACACUUAAAUCAUUCUCUUUUAAAAGAAUAGCAGCCCAUAUGAUGUGACUCUCUAUUACCUGUAUAAAGCCCUUCAAGUGUCAUAACUGAAACCAGAAAUAAGAGAAGAAAGGAACUUCAGCACUCACCAAACUUAUUCAGCAUAGAGUUGUUUAUUUUCAUUUUACUUCAGUGUAAGGACAACAGACUUCACCCGAUGCAGACGGCUUAGGUAGAUUCCCUCCCUACACUUGGUGAAGUCAGUUGUCCUAAAGUAAAAGAAAAUAACUCUAUGCUGAACAAGUUUGGUGAGUGCUGAAGUUCAUAUCUUCUCCUAUUGUUGGUUUUACUUAUGUUGCUUUGAAUGUAUAGGAACUAGCACUGCAGAUAGACCCAAUGGGACCUUAUUACACAACUGAGUCUACAGUUUUGUACAUGUAUUGCUGUUUUUAGGUUUAUGACACUUUAAUAUUUUCACUCUGAUGGAUGUAGGAAAAGUAAGGGCAAACUAUCUGAUCAUACUUUGUUAGGUGUCUAGUAUUCUUUUUAAAGACAUGAAUUGGCCCCUGCACAGGAAAGCAGGAAAACCUCUUGUUUCAUGCAAGAGUCUUUUGGAUUUAUCCCAGAAAAAAAUAUGACCAUGUCAAUUCACCCUUAGGACUUAUUUGCAGUUAGUAAGAAAAAAAGUUUUGAAAAUCUGAUUAGAUCAGUUCACUUAUUUGUUAAAUCGAGACUAAUAUAGAUUGAUAACUUGCAUGUGUUAUGAACAUGUGAUGUCUGCAUGACCUUAUUGUAAAUGUGUUCAACUAGGAUAGAAAUUCUCAUGACGUGAACAGAUUUUAAAGUGUGAUAAUGCAAUUUUUACCACUCGUUACACUCAUUAUCACGUAAUAACCUUUUAUUUUGGAAAGUUGAAGUUAACAUUGUGUAGAGUGCAGGGAUGGAUUAGAAUCAUCGGAGAGAAGAAAUACUGAUCAUACUAGCUUCUGACAUACGGCAAUAUACUAAUGAUUAAUGAUCUGCUGAUGUUCUGACAUCGGUCAUAUAUUUUUGAAGGCAUAACAGAAAAUGAAUCCUUCAUAUGUGGCUGCUAUUGCUUUUUACAUUCUCUAUAGAUUUUGAGUCAGUGUUGUGAUACAACCCUACCUCUAAACACAAAGUAUAAAGCAAGACAUUUGUGAGUAGGAUACUAGUAUGUUGGAGGAUGCUUGACAGAUAUAUCAAUGUAAAGCCUAGUGCUAAAUGUUUGUAUUGGUAUAAAUGCAUUCAUUCUACAGAACUUUUUUUAUAUACAUUAAAGAAUUUUCAAAAGU